AUGAAUAAUAAAACGCUGCUUAUAGUGUUAUUACUAGCUUGUACGCUAGGAGGUAUGAGUUAAUAGCUAAAUUUAGCUUAACAAUUCAUUUAAUUAGGAAGCAAUCUAAAAUUGCAUAGUUUAAGUGAAUUGCAUCAAUUGGAGACAAAUUAAUUAGAGUGUAGUCCAAUGUUAGGAGAAGUGAGCACUUCUAUUGAUGCAUGGUCAGAAAUCUUAGAGAAUUAAGACUAGCUCAGCACAGAUUCGAAUAAUCUUUAGUAAUUAAAGGUGGCAUUAUAAGAUUUUCGUGGAAAUGGUUAUGAUGAUGCAUAACCUGGUAAUAAAUAUAUUUUAUAGUUCUAGUGUUGUUGCAAUUCAGAAAUUCAUUCUCAGAUAUUAUGAGUUAAAUAAGUGCAGGACAUUUAUAAAUUACACCAUAUUAAAGAUGGAGAAAAGAUAGUGCUAUGGAAUUAUAAGGAGUAGUAAGUUUAUUAGAUACUGCUGAGAAUGAAAAAGACUUAGAAUAAUGUUGUGACAAAAUAGAAGAAUUAAUUAAUAGAUUAAUGAAAGAGAGGGAAUAAGUUAGAAAUUAAUGUUAAAAAGGACCUUAAGUAAAAUUAUUAAAUAUAUAUUUUAGAUUACAAUCAACAUUAUCAAUUCUAAAGCUGAUGAAGUUAGAGAAAUUACUAAAGAAUGUUCUGAUGGCCAAGGAACCAUUGUCAGAAUUAAACCAAAAGAUGAUGAUGGAUAAGUAGUAAUUCCAGCUAAACCUGAUGGUCAAUAAUAAGGAUAGGAUGAAACCAAAAAACCUAUCUAACCAACAUAACCAGUCAGACCAAAACCAGAUGACAGAGUUCCAGAAGAAGAAGAUUAAUAAGAAUAAAGUGUUUCUGAACCAAGUAGUACAACUGAUGAAGAAGAUGAUGAAGAUUCAUCAAACAAAAAGAAACCCGCUGAUUUUACUAAUCCAGACCCUGUUAAUUAAAAAGAUAGAGAAAGUUAGGAACCAUUUACUGAAUAUGGUUAUGGAUAUUGGGCUAAAUUCUUGUUGGCAUAUCCAAAAUUCUUACCUAAUGGAAAAGAUGCACCUUGGUAUUUUGUUUCCAGAUUGAGUGCCAAUAAAAAAGAUGAAAAUAUUAAUAUGGGAGAUAGAUUAUUAGCUGUUUGGUUAGGUAAAGGAUAUUAUCAUUUCACAACUUGUGAUUAACCAAAAAAUUAACCUAAUGUUGUUUAAAAUGUUAAUUAUCCUGAAGAUUUUGAUGGUGUUUGGACAUACAUUUACUAUUCAUAUAGUGUUGAAAAAAAGAAGGCUGUUGCUUUUGUCAAAUUUGGAAAUGAUGAUCUUAAAAAGGUUACUCAUGAAGUAUUAAAUCCAUCAACAAAAUGGGUUAAAUUCACUAUUGGAGGUAAAGAUUAAAAUAGGUAUCCUGGUUUCAAUGGUUUGAUCUAAUAAGUCUAUUUCAGUACUAAACCAGGUGUUUUCCUUGAUUCUGAAGAUGAUGUUAUUGGUAGAUUGUAAUAAUAAAAGAAACAACCAAAAGAUUUCUUACCUGAAUUAAUUACAUAUAAAGUAGUCUCAAAUCCAUAAUAAAGAGAUCCUGAAACUAAAGAAGUUCUUUCUAUUGUUGGAACAUCAAAAAAUCCUAAAUUCCCACAUGAAUAUGCAUUCAGUGGUUGGUUCAAAUGGGAAGUACCUAAAUAAUAAUAAGAAUGGCAUAACAUCUUUAGAGUUCAAAUUCAAUAACCAUCAACUGAUAAAUUCUUGGGAGAUAGAACAUUAUCUGCUUGGGUUGGUAAAUAAGAUGGAGGUAUUAUUCACUUACCAACAUAUACAUUCACUAAUUUGGAAGGUGCUGGAAAUCCUAAUGUUAUUAAGAACAUACCACACUAAAAUAGACAUACUGAAUGGUUCUUUGUUUAUUUUGGAUAUUCAAGACCUUAAAAGAAAGCUGUUGCUUCAAUUUAAUGGAAAUAAUCAACUGAUAAAUAAGAAUAUGAUAAUAUUAGACACUUCCAAGUUCCUAAGUUCUUCAUUUAUGUAGGAAAAGACAAAUAAUUCCCAGGAUUCAAUGGUAAAGUUGCAUUAGUAUCUUUCAAUGUUGGAGAAGGAUCAUACAAACCAAAUAAUGAUUUUACUGGAAGAGGAGAUCCAUUUAAUUUUGAAAGUGGUAAAAAGAAAUUGAUUGGUGUUCAACCAGAAAUUGAUACUGAAGAAGAUCCUGAAAAAUAAAAGAAACCAUAUAAAGUAGUAGAUGAUGCAGAUGCUGAUGGUUUGAUUAGACCAAGUUCAAGUGAAGAAAAUAAACCAGUCAUUGAAGAAACUUAAGAAGAUGAAAAUGAGUUUGUUGAAUAUGGUUAUGGAUAUUGGAUGAGAUUCUUAACUGCUUAUCCUGAUAGAUUAUUAAAUGGAAAGAAUGCUCCAUGGUAUUUUGUUUCUAGAUUAACUUCUAAUAUGAAUUACAAAAAUAUUGAAAUGGGUGACAGAUUAUUAGCUAUUUGGUAAGGUUAAGGAUAUUAUCAUUUUACUACUUGUGAUUAACCAAAGAAUCAAGCUAAUGUAAUUCAAAAUAUCAAUUAUCCAAAUGAUAUAGAAGGUUUAUGGACCUAUGUUUACUAUUCAUAUAGUUCAGAAGCUAAAAAAGCUAUUGCCUUCAUUAAAUAUGCAGAUUAAGAACCAAGAACAAUCUUACACUCAGUUUAACAUCCAGCUACAAAGAGAGUUAAAUUCAUUUUGGGUGGUAUGGAUAAUAAAUAAUAUCCUGGAUUUAAUGGUUUAUUCAGUUAAGUUACUUUUUCUGCUAGACCAGGAGCAUUUUUAGAUACAAUUGAAGACUUUUCAGAUUAAUUGAAAAGAACAAUCAUACCAAAAUAAGAUUUGGAUUAAUUCUAUAAUCAUGAAUUAAUUUCUGAUGUUGUUUCCAGAAAACCAAAUGAUAUUCCAGAUUAUGAUGAAAUUGGAGGAGGACAAGAAAUGUUCCCACAUGAAUAUGCUGUUUCUGGAUGGUUCAAAUGGGAAUAAACUUAAUAAUAAGUUUGGCACAAUGUAUUUAGAGUAUAAAUCAAAAAACCAUCAACUGACAGAUUCUUAGGAGAUAGAACAUUAUCUUGUUGGAUUGGUACUGCUUAAGGUGGAAUCUUACAUUUCCCAACAUAUACAUACACUAAUAUGAAUGGAGCAGGUAAUCCAAAUAUGGUUAGCAACAUUCAACAUAAGAAUAGAAUUUUCGAUUGGUUCUUUGUUUACUUUGGAUAUUCAAAGAAUUAAUAAAAAGCAUUUGUUGGAGUUAGAUUCGCUUCAGGUAUUGAAACUUUAGAAUAUAACAAUGUCAAUCACUAUUAUGCACCUAAAUUCUACACAUUUGCUGGUAAAGACUUGCACUUCCCAGGAUUGAAUGGUAAAUUGGCAUAUGUGAACUUUAAUUUAGGAGAUGGAACAUUCAGAAAAACUCCAGAUUUCAAACAUCCAGAUGAUAUCUUCGGAUUAUAAAAAGGUGAAAUCAACAUCCUCAAAAAACCAGAUUAAAAGAAAGUAUAACCAGAAGUCGAUAAAGAAACUGGAGAAACUUAAAUUCCAAAUGGAGUAUCUGACAAUACACCUAAAGUCACAAAAGAAUUCAAAUCAGAAUAACCACUAGGUGAAUAUGGUUAUGGAUUUUGGAUGAGAUUCUUAACUGCUUAUCCAGUUAAAUUACCUAAUGGAAAGAAUGCACCAUGGUAUUUCAUUUCCAGAUUGGCUAACAGACCUAAUUAUGAUAAUAUUGCUAUGGGAGAUAGAACAUUGGCUAUAUGGUAAGGAUAAGGAUAUUAUCAUUUCACCACAUGCAACUUACCAGGAUAAGUUAAUGUAAUCAAGAAUGUUAAUUAUCCAGCUGAUAUUGAAGGAUUAUGGACAUAUGUUUACUAUUCAUAUAGUAAAUAAGAGAAGAAGGCAGUUGCAUUCAUUCAAUUUGGUGCUACAGAUCCAAUUGAUGUUGUUCAUUAAGUCACUCAUCCAGAUAAUACAUAUGUUAAAUUUAUUUUGGGAGGUAAAGACAACAACAGAUAUCCUGCAUUCAAUGGUUAAUUCUAAUCAGUUGUUCAUUCAGCUUCUCCAGGAGCAUAUAUUGGAUCAAUAGACUAAUUCAAGGCUUUCCUUAAUAAACAACCAAAUCCUUUAGCAUCUAAAGUUCCUUUGACAACUACUACUUUAGUUGACAGUUAAAUUACAAGAAAUCCAGGAACACCAGGAAAUACAUAAACAGUUGAAGCCCCAUUCCCUAAAGAAUAUGCAUUUUCAGGUUGGUUCAAAUGGGAAUAACCUACACCUUAAUAGGCAUGGCAUAAUCUCUUCAGAGUCCAAAUUAGUUAACCAUCAACAGAUAAUAGUCAUGGUGAUAGAACUUUAGCAGGAUGGGUUGGAAGUGGAGCAGGAGGUAUCAUUCAUUUGACAACCUACUCAUACAAGAAUAUGAAUGGAGCUGGACCAAAUAAUCUACCUUAAAAUAUCAAUCAUAAAAAUAGACAUUUUGAAUGGUUCUUUGUUUACAUGGGCUAUUCAAAGAAUGAUAAAGCUGCUUAUUCUUAUGUCAAAUGGAGAGAUAGCGAAGACAAUUUAGAAUUCAAAGAUAUUAAUCAUUAUUUUGCUAAGAAAUAUUUUGUUUUCGUUGGUAAAGAUGUUCAAUUCCCAGGAUUCAAUGGAAGAAUAGCAUAAACAUCUUUUAAUCAUGGAGAAGGAUCAUUUAGAAAAGGAAAUGAUUUCAAACAUCCAACUGAUGCAUUCAGAUUUGAUAAAGGAAGUUAAUUGGUACCAAAAGUUGAUCCAACAAAACCUGUUGUUGAUGAUAAGACUGAAUAUGGAAGCAAAUUCAAUAAUAAUGCACCAAAUGUUGAUAAGACAUUGUCAUCAAAUGAUCUUUUGGUUGAAUAUGGUUAUGGAUUCUGGGCUAGAUACUUAACAGCCUACCCAGCUAGAUUAAUUAAUGGAAAGAAUUAACCAUGGUACUUUGUUGCUAGAUUGACAACAAAUGUUCAAUAUGAUAAUAUUAGAAUGGGAGAUAGAGCUUUAGCUAUCUGGUAAGGAUAAGGAUUCUAUCAUUAUACAACAUGUAAUAAAUAAAAUGGAAAUGUCAAUGUCAUUUAAAAUAUCAAUUAUCCAGCUGAUAUUGAAGGAGUUUGGACAUAUAUCUACUAUUCAUACAGUGCAGAAAAGAAGAAAGCAGUAGGUUUCAUUAAGUAUGGAAAUGAAGAAGUCAAGUCUAUUACUCAUUCAAUAACACAUCCAGAAACAAGAUAAGUUAGAUUUAUUCUAGGUGGUAUGGAUAAUAAUAGAUAUCCAGCCUUUAAUGGUAUAUUCACUAAAGUCUCAUAUUCUCAUGAAAAAGGAGCAUUUAUUGAUAGUUUAGAUGUAUUGAGACCUAGAAUUGGAAUUGUACCUGAUGUUGAUACACCAGCUGUUAACAAGAAACUGGUUGCAGGAUAAAUAGAAAGAGUUCCAACUGUUGCUCAUAUUGGUGAAACUGUUGGAGAUGAAUAAACUAAAUUACCAUAAGAAUAUGCUUUAAGUGGAUGGUUCAGAUGGGAUAAAUUAUAAGGAUAGUAAGUAUGGCAUAACAUUUUCAGAGUUUCAAUUAAUUCACCAUUCUCUGAUAGAUUUUUAGGAGAUAGAACAUUAGCUGUUUGGGUUGGUACUGUUUCCGGAGGUAUUUUACAUCACACUACCUAUACAUACAAUAAUAUGAAUGGAGCAGGAAAUCCUAAUGUUGUUCAAAAUAUAUAACAUAAAGAUAGACAUUAAGAAUGGUUCUUUUUGUAUUAUGGAUAUUCCAAGAAAGAUUCAAAGGCUUAUGCCUAUGUCAAAUUCAAGGAUAGUGAAGAAACAUUAACAUUCUAAAAAAUUAAUCACUAUUUAGCUCCAAAAUUCUUUGUUUAUUUAGGCAAAGAUCCAAAUUUCUAAGGAUUCAAUGGCUAAAUUGGAUUUGUUAAUUUCAACAUUGGUAAAGGUAGUUUCAAGUCAGGAAAUGAUUUCACUGAUGAUACAGAUAGAUUUGGAUUUUUAGAUGGAUCUAAAGCAAUUGCUAAACCUGUUGAACCAUCUAAACCAGAAGCAAUUCCAGAAGCUGAUAAAUAAGUAUUUGCAAGUGCUUCAAGUGUUGAUUCACCAAAAGUUGACAAAUAGACUGUUGCAGGUGAUUAAAAUCUUGUUGAAUAUGGUUAUGGAUAUUGGUUGAGAUACUUAACAAAAUAUCCUGAAUAAUUACCAAAUGGAAAGAAUUAACCAUGGUACUUUGUAUCCAGAUUGACAACAAAUGUUCAAUAUGAUAAUAUUAGAAUGGGAGAUAGAGCUUUGGCUAUCUGGUAAGGAUAAGGAUUCUAUCACUUCACAACAUGUGAUUAAAAGAGUAACAAUGCUAAUGUGAUUAAGAAUGUCGAUUAUCCAAAUGAUAUUGAAGGUGUUUGGACUUACAUUUACUAUUCCUAUAGUACAAAAGAGAAUAAUGCAGUCGCAUUUAUUAAGUUUGGAGAAAGUGAUUUCUAAUAAGUGACUCAUUAAGUCACCCACCCAGCUGCUAAAUAAGUUAGAUUCAUUUUGGGAGGCACAGAUGAAAAGAGAUAUCCAGCUUUUAAUGGUCUUUUCACUAAUGUUUAUUUCAAUAACAGAAUUGGAGCCUACAUUAAUUCAUAGCCUAAUCUUAAUAAGUUAUUAGAUACUUAAGGACCUAAACCAAGUAUAAAAUCAGUUGACUUAACUACUACCACUUUGAUUGAUAAGGAGGUAUCCAGAACUCCAAAAGAUGAACCAGUAGCAACUGAAGUAGAAGAAAAGAGAUUGCCUCAUCAAUAUGCAUUUAGUGGUUGGUUCAGAUGGGGUGCCAUGUCAUAAGAGCCUUGGCAUAACAUUUUCAGAGUUUAAAUAAAGACACCUUCUACAGACAAUGUCUUAGGAGACAGAACAUUAUCAGCAUGGCUAGGAACAGCAGAAGGUGGCAUAAUUCAUUUACCAACAUAUACUUACACUAAUAUGAAUGGUGGUGGUAAUUCAAAUCUUUUCAAGAACAUUUAACAUAAAGGUAGAAAUACUGAAUGGCAUUUCAUUUACUUUGGAUAUUCAAAGGAUUAAAACAAAGCUCAAGUCUAUAUUAAAUGGACUUAAUCAGAGGAUACUCUUGAAUACCCUGACACAAGACAUUACUUUGCAUCAAAAUUCUAUAUCUUCACAGGAAGAGAUAAACAUUUCCCUGGUUUCAAUGGUAAUAUUGCAUAAGCCAAAUUUAAUAUUGGUGAAGGAUCAUUUGUUGCUGACAAGAACUUCAACUUACCAAAAGAUCCAUUUUCAUUUGGCAGUGGAGUUGAUACCUACCAUAAAGAUUAACCUAAACCAUAACCAGAAACCAAACCAGAUUCUAAAGUUCUUGAUAAUUCAGAAGGACAAAAAGUACCAGCAUUGAACAAAGAAUUGAAAGAUGACAAAGAAUUAACAAGUUAUGGAUAUGGAUUUUGGAUGAGAUAUUUAACAGUUUAUCCAGAAAGAUAAAUAAAUGGUAAGAAUUAACCAUGGUACUUUGUCUCAAGAUUGACAUGGAAUGAAAAAUAUGAUAAUAUUGGUAUGGGAGACAGAACAUUAGCUAUAUGGUAAGGAGUAGGAUUCUAUCACUUCACUACAUGUAAUAUUGCAAAUGGAAAUACCAACCUUAUCUAAAAUAUUAAUUUCCCAAAUGAUAUUGAAGGAUUAUGGACAUAUGUUUAUUAUUCAUACAGCAGAGCCAAUAAAUAAGCAGUUGCAUUCAUUCAAUAUGGUAACGAUGCUCCAUAAACAGCUACCCAUUCAACUUAACACAAAGAUACUAAAUAUGUCAGAUUUAUUUUGGGAGGUAAUGAUGAAGGAAGAUACCCUGGAUUCAAUGGUUAAUUCACAGGAGUUUCAAUUGAUUAAACUUAUAUUGGUACAGUUGAUGAAUUCAAAGCAUUUGUCUCAAAGAUUGGAGUUCCAUAAGUUGGAUUGAAAUAAUUGACAACUGUUGGAUUGGUUGAUUAGAUUAGUAGAAGUUCUGAAGCAGACAUUACAAAAGAAGCCACUGUUGGAGGAGGUGAUUAGAAAUUCCCAUAAGAAUAUGCAAUUAGUGGUUGGUUCAAAUGGAAACCAACAGCCUAGGCAACAUGGCAUAACAUUUUCAGAGUUUAAAUUAAGAAACCAUCAACUGAUAACUUCUUGGGAGAUAGAACAUUAACAAUGUGGGUUGGUACUCCUGAAGGAGGUAUUCUCCAUUUCCCAACAUAUACAUAUGAAAAUAUGGUUGCUGGAGGAAAUACUAAUCUCUACAAAAACAUUCAACACAAACAAAGACAUCUUGAAUGGUUCUAUGUCUACUAUGGAUAUUCUAGAACAGUUUCAAAGGCUUAAGUCUAUGUCAAAUGGGCAUCUACUGAUGAUAGUCUUACUUAUGACAAUGUUAGACACUAUUUGACUCCAGAAUUUUAUGUAUUUGUUGGCAGAGAUAAAUAAUAUCCAGGACUUAGUGGUAAGAUGGGUUAUGUGAAAUUCAAUCUUGGAGAUGGUUCAUUCUUAAAAGAUCCUAAUUUCGAUCAUCCUUAAGAUGCUUUUGGAUUCAAAUCAGGAGUAGAUAAUUUAGUUAAGAAACCUGCUGCUUAAAUUGAACCAGGAACACCAAUUACUGAAGAAUUAACAAAUGGUUUCGAAUAAAAGAACCCUGUUGUUGAUAAGGCUGCACCUGCUGAAAGAGAUCUUGAAGAAUAUGGUUAUGGAUUUUGGUUCAGAUUCUUACACAACUAUCCAGUCAGAUUACCAAAUGGAAAGAAUCAACCUUGGUAUUUCGUUGCCAGAUUGGCUAAUUAAGAGAAAUAUGAUAAUAUUAGAAUGGGAGAUAGAAUGUUAGCUGUUUGGUAAGGAUAAGGAUAUUAUCAUUUCACUACAUGCAACAAAGUAGAUAACAAUCCAAAUUACAUUAAGAAUAUCAAUUAUCCUGAAGACAUUGAAGGAUUAUGGACAUAUCUUUACUAUUCAUAUAGUGAUGAUAAGAACAGAGCUGUUGGUCAUAUCAAAUAUGGAAAUGAUGACAUACAAUCAAUUAAGCAUGAUGUUAACCAUCCUGAAACUAAAUAUGUGAGAUUCAUAUUGGGAGGUAAUGAUGAAGGAAGAUACCCAGGAUUCAAUGGUGUGUUCUCACAAAUCACAUUUAGCACAAAAGAAGGAGCAUUUAUUGAUACUGCUGAUCUCUUGAAAGGAUUCAUUAGUAAAUUAAAUAAGCCUUCAUCAGGAUUCAAUGAUUUAGCAAAUUACAAAUUAGUUGAAGAUAGUUUGACCAGAACUUCUGAGGAUAAACCACUCGCAAAGGUUAUAGGAAAGGAAACAGAAAGAUUCCCAGCAGAAUACUCAUUCAGUGGAUGGUUCAAAUGGUAACCAUUAGCUUAAUCACCAUGGCAUAACAUUUUCAGAGUUUAAAUUAAAACACCUUCUACAGACAAUGUCUUAGGAGAUAGAACAUUAUCAGCAUGGGUUGGAACAGGUGAAGGAGGUAUCAUCCAUUUACCAACAUACACUUACACUAAUAUGAAUGGUGCAGGUAAUGCUAAUGUUUGGAAGAAUAUUUAACACAAGAACAGAAUCACUAGUUGGUUCUUCCUCUACUUUGGAUAUUCAAAAGAUUAAUAAUUAGCUUAAGCUUACAUUAAAUGGACAGAUGGUGAAGAUCAACUAGCAUAUGAGAAAACCAAUCAUUAUUUGGCAACUUAAUUCUAUGUGUUUACAGGUAGAGAUGAUCAUUUCCCAGGAUUCAAUGGAAAAUUGGGUGAAGUUAAUUUCAAUAUUGGUAAAGGUGCUUUCAGAAAACCAACUGAUUAUUCACAUGAAAAAGAUAUAUUCGGUUUCAAGAGUGGUACAGAUAAAUUCUUAAAAAAACCAAGUGAUGAAUUCAAGCCUACUGAUGCUGAUAAGAAUAUUCUUGAAAAUGCUUCAAGUUAAGACAAACCAGUUGUAGAUAAAGAAGCUAGUUCUGAAAAACCAUUUGAAUAAUAUGGUUAUGGUUUCUGGAUGAGAUUCUUAUCUAAAUAUCCAGAAUAAUUACCAAAUGGAAAGAACUAACCAUGGUACUUUGUAUCCAGAUUGGCUAAUUAAGAAAAAUACGAUAAUAUUAGAAUGGGAGAUAGAACAUUGGCUAUCUGGUAAGGAUAAGGAUAUUAUCAUUUCACAACAUGCUCUUCUGCUACAAACAAUCCCAACUUGAUUCAAAAUAAUAACUAUCCAGAUGAUAUUGAAGGUUUGUGGACUUAUGUUUAUUACUCAUAUAGUUCAGAAUAAAAUAAGGCUAUUGGUUUCAUUAAAUAUGGUAAUACAGAUUUCUAAAGAAUCGUUCAUGAAACUACUCAUUCUUUAACUAAAUAUUUGAGAUUCAUUGUUGGUGGUAAUGAUGCUAAAAGAUACCCAGGAUUUAAUGGUUUAUUCACAUCAGUGACAUUCUCUACUGAAUCAGCCUUUGUUUCAGAUGUAGAUAAGUUGAAUGCUUACUUACUCAAGAAUUAAGCACCAAGCGUUAUUGUUCCAUUAUAAACAACUGAAUUAUUGAAAGAUCAAAUUGCCAGAGAUAAGGAUGAAAAACCAAGUGCCGUAUAAUCAAUAGGAAGCAAUAACAAAUUCCCAUUAGAAUAUGCAUUGAGUGGUUGGUUCAGAUGGAAACCAACAGCAUAAGCAGCAUGGCAUAAUGUUUUCAGAGUCCAAAUUAAAAAGACUCCAGUAACUGAUAGUGUAUUAGGAGAUAGAACACUUACUUGUUGGGUUGGUACUGCUGAAGGAGGAAUCUUACAUUUCCCUACAUACACUUAUACUAAUAUGAAUGGGGGAGGUAAUAACAAUUUCUUCAAAAACAUUUAAUACAAGAAUAGAAUUAAUGAAUGGUUCUAUGUUUACUAUGGAUAUUCUAAAGUUUAAGCUGCAACCUAGAUUUAUGUCAAAUGGUUUGAUUCUGAAGAUAGCAUGUCCUAUGAUAAAAUAAAUCAUUAUUUGACACCAGAAUUCUAAGUUUGGGUUGGUAGAGAUGAACCAUUUGUUGGUUUCAAUGGUAGAAUUGCAUAUGUUAAUUUCAAUGCUGGUGAUGGUGCUUAUGUUAAAAAUAAUAAAUUUGAUCAUCCAUAAGACAUCUUCAAAUUCAAUGUUGGAUAAGCUAAAUUAUUUGAAAAAUAAGAAGAAGUUAAACCAGGAUAAGUUAAUAAAGAUUUAUUAAUUAGUCCAACAAGUCAAGAUAAACCAGUAAUUGAUUAGAAUGUUAAAUAAGAUAAUAAUUUAGAAGAGUAUGGUUAUGGUUUCUGGUUGAGAUAUUUAACAGCCUUCCCAGAAAGAAUGCUUAGUGGUAAGAACUAACCAUGGUACUUUGUUGCUAGAUUAGCUAAUCAAGAAAAUUAUGAUAAUGUAAGAAUGGGUGAUAGAUUAUUGGCCAUUUGGUAAGGAUAAGGAUAUUAUCAUUAUACUACUUGCAAUGCUGUUAAUGGAAAUGCUAAUGUUAUUUAAAAUAUCGAUUAUCCAGCUGAUAUUGAAGGUGUUUGGACAUACAUCUACUAUUCAUACAGUGAAGCUAAAUCAAGAGCUGUUGGUUUUAUCAAAUAUGGAUCUGAAGAUACAAUCAAAGCAAUCAGACAUGACGUUACUCAUCCAGAUACAAAAUAUGUCAGAUUCAUUUUAGGAGGUACUGAUGCUAAGAGAUAUCCUGGUUUCAAUGGUAUUUUCACUUAAGUCACAUUUGAUGCAGCUAAAGGAGUUUUCAUUGACACUGCUGAUUAAUUGAAAGGAUAUAUGAAUAAAUUAGAGAAUCCAACAGUUGGUUAAGUUGAUUUAUAAACUUAUAGAUUGAUUACAAAUGAAAUAUUUAGAGAGAAGACUAAUGAUCCAAACUUUAAUGCUAUUGGAAAAGAUAAUGAAAGAUUCCCAUUAGAAUACUCUAUUAGUGGUUGGUUCAAAUGGUAAUAAGCUCCUUAAGAUGCUUGGUAAAACAUUUUCAGAGUUUCAUUAAAUGAAAAACCUGCUGAUCAAUUCUUGGGAGACAGAACAUUAUCAGCUUGGAUUGGAACAGGUGAAGGAGGAAUUAUUCAUAUGCCAACAUAUACUUAUGCUAAUAUGAAUGGAGGUGGUAAUGCAAAUGUUUGGAAGAAUAUCUAACACAAAGAUAGACAUACUAAAUGGUUCUUCAUUUAUUUCGGAUAUUCAAAGACAUAAGCUAAGGCAUAUUCUUAUAUCAAAUGGUAAACAGAUGAUGAUUUCUUAAAUUAUGAUAAUACAAACCAUUACUAUGCACCAAACUUCUAAGUGUUCUUAGGAAGAGAUAAAUUCUUCACAGGUUGGAAUGGUAAGAUUGCAUAUGCUCAAUUCAAUUUGGGUAAAGGAGCAUUUAGAAAUGCUAAAGAUUUCACUCAUCCCAAUGAUGCUUUUGGUAUUGGAGCUGGUAUUGAUAAAUUAAAGAAGCCAGACACUGGAUUUAAACCAGCUGAUUCAGAUCCUGCAAUUAAGGAAAAUGCAUUCAAUUAAGAUAAACCAAUACAUGAUAAGACUGCUACUUCAGAAAAUCCAUUUGAUGAAUAUGGUUAUGGAUUUUGGAUGAGAUUCUUAACAGCAUAUCCUUAAAGAUUAAACAAUGGUAAGAAUGAAGCUUGGUAUUUCAUUGCUAGAUUAGCUAAUUAAGAAAAAUAUGAUAAUAUUAGAAUGGGAGAUAGAAUGUUAGCUAUGUGGUAAGGACAAGGAUAUUAUCAUUUCACAGCAGCUAAUGUUUUGACUGGAAAUCCAAAUAUGAUUCAAAAUGUUAAUUAUCCAGAUGAUAUUGAAGGUUUGUGGACUUAUGUUUACUAUUCAUACAGUGUAGAAGAGAAUAAAGCAUAAGGUUUUAUUAAGUUUGGAGAUGAGAACUUCAAAUAGAUCACACAUUAAACAACUUAACCAUUGACUAAAUAUUUGAGAUUCAUUGUUGGUGGUAAUGAUGAUAAGAGAUAUCCAGGAUUCAAUGGUUUAUUCACAUCAAUUACAUUCUCAUCAUAAAUAGGAGCUUAUGUUGAUAACAUGGAUGCUUUGAAUAAAUAUGUUAAUGCUAAUCCAUAUCCUAAAUUGGAUACUACUCCAUAGAAUUAUUUAUUGAUCAAAGAUCCAAUCAAUAGAAAACCAGAAGAUGAAUUUUUCUUAAGAGAAUUUGGAGAAGAGAAGUAAAGAUUCCAAGUUGAAUACUCAAUCAGUGGAUGGUAUAAAUGGAUUGAAGGAACUCCAGCUAAUCAAUGGUAGAAUUUAUACAGAGUGUUAUUAAAGAAAGAACCAACAGAUACAGCAAUAUUGGGAGAUAGAACAUUAGCAGGUUGGAUUGGAUUUGGUAAUAUUCAUUAGAGUACAUACACUUAUGUAAAUAUGAAUGGAGCAGGAAAUAAUAAUAUUUGGAAAUAGGCUGAACAUAAAGAUAGACAUUUAAGAUGGUUCUUUGUUUAUCAUGGAUAUUCAAGAAAUGAUAGAUUAUCAUAUGCUUAUGUUUAAUACAAUAAGGGAGCAGAAUCAUUAUCAUGGGAUAAGGUUAACCAUUACUUCGUUCCAAGAUUUUAUGUAUAUGUAGGAAAAGAUGGAAUUAAUGGAUUCAAUGGUUAAAUUGGAGCAAUUAAUUUCAAUAUUGGAGCUGGUUCAUUUAGAAAGGGAGAAGAUUUCACUCAUGAUAAAGAUUUCUUUGGAUUUGGUGCACCAUUUGUUUAGACUAAAGUGAAACCAUUUGAUAUCAAAGAUAGAGCAACAGAUCUUUUAGUAAGUGCAGCCCCAACAUAAGAGAAACCAUCAUAUACUAAAGUAUUGCCUGAGGAUGAGGUAGCAAGUGCUGAAGAGUAUGGUUAUGGAUUCUGGGCAAGAUAUUUGACUUAAUAUCCAACUCCAUAAAGAACAGGAAUGUAAGGUGAAUGGACCUUUGUUUCAAGAUUAACAAAGAAUUAGAAAUUGUAGGAUGUUACUUUAGGAGAUAGAACUUUGGCUAUAUUCUUGAAUAGAAAUAGUGCCUUCUACUUUGCUACUACAAAUGCUGGUAAUCCAAAUGCAUUUGUUAAUUCAGCAGUGAGACCAGAUUUUGAAGGUGUUUGGAUUUACAUUCAUUUCAGUCAUAAUUUGGAGAAGAAAUCAAGUGUUGCCUUCUUGAAAUAUGGUGAAGAAAAGCCCUUGAAAUUCUAAUAAGCAGCAUCUCAUGUACCACCAUCAUUCUUACAAUUCUUUUUGGGAGGUAAGGACUUCUACAAUUCAUGGAAUGGUCAAUUCAGUGAUGUUAUGGUUUCAGCUAGCAAAGGUAUCUUCAUUGAAGAUGAAGCUGCAUUGAAUAAACAUUUAUCAGGAUUCAAGAUGCCAGCUUAAUUCAAUUAUGAUUUGAAGACAUUCGAAGUAAUUCCUAAGGAAUAACCCUAUGAUGCUAAAUAAGAAAUCAAAGAAUAAAUGUUCUAAGAAGAUGUUGCUUUGAGACCAGAGUAUGCUUGGUCAGGAUGGUUCAAAUGGGAUAACACUCCUACAGGAAAUUGGUUCUUAUAUGCUAGAUUAAGUAUAUUCUAAGGACCAGAGAAUUUGUAAGCUUUAGGAGAUAGAACAUUAGCAGCUUGGGCAGGAACAAAUGUAUUACAAUUCUCAACAUAUAACUAUAAUAAUUUAGUAGGAGGAGGAAAUGCUGAUAGUUGGAAUAGAUUAAACUUUGGAUAAGAAUUAGUUAGAUGGCAUUAUAUUUACUAUGGAUAUUCUUUGAUUGAGAAAGCAGCUUAUUAUAGAGUAGAGUUUAAAGGUAGAAUGGAAGAAUUCACUUUCAAAGAUCACAAACACUAUUAUCCAAAUAGAUUCUCAUUAUAAGUUGGUAGAGAUAAGUUCUCUGCACCAUUUGUUGGUCUUGCAGCAUAUUUCAGAUUGAAUGUUGGUGAAGGUGCUUACAGAACAAGUGGAUAUGAGAAAGCUAAGAAUGACAUCUUUGCAUACAAUUUAGGUAAAUAAGCUUAUGUCAAACCAUCACCCACAUUUGAUAUAAAUAAAGACUAAAAUAAGGGAGUUUCUGAUUCACCAGUUGAUGGCAAAGAUCCAGUAUGGACAAAGAAAUUGAUUGGUUCAGAUUUGGAUGAUAUUAAUGAAUAUGGUUAUUCAUUUUGGUUGAGACAUAUGGCCCAUUAUCCAGUUCAAAUGCCAAGAGGAUUAGCUGAUAAAGUUUGGUCAUUUGUUGCCAGAUUAACUAAGAAUCAAUAAUUAUAAGAUAUUACUGUUGGAGAUAGAGUCUUAGCUGUUUGGUUAAAUUAAGGAAAUUCAUAUCACUUUACUACAUAUAAUUAAGGUAAUCCAAAUAUGGUUUAGAAUAUCAAUAAUCCAACUGAUAUUGAUGGUGUUUGGUAUUAUUUACACUUUGCUCAUAAUCUUGGAAGUAAAUAAUCAGUAGGUUUCUUACAUAAUGGAGAAAAAUUAAAUAAGGUUGUCUUUGCAGCUGAACACACUCCACCUACUUUCUUAUAAUUCUAUUUGGGAGGAUCAUAACUUAAUUAUCCAGCAUUCAAUGGUCAAUUUGCUAAUGUAUUUUUCUCAGUAGGUGAUGGAAUCUUUAAGAAGGAUGAGGCUGAAUUCAAUGCAUUCUUUACUGAACUCAAAUCACCAGAUACAUUCAAAAGAACUCUUGUAACCAAGAAUAUUAUUGAUGCACCAAAAGAAUUUGGAAAAGAUAGUGCUAAAGAUGAAAAAGUUUUUGAUGAAUAUGCUUUGGUUGGAGAAUACUCAUGGUCGGGUUGGUUCAAAUGGACUCCAACAGUAUAAUAAGCAUGGCAUUUAAUGGUUAGAGUAUCAACUCUUCAAGAUUCUUAAGAUUUAACAUUCUUAGGAGAUAGAACUUUGAGUGCAUGGGUUGGAUAAGGAUAUUUGACAUUUGCUUGUUAUCAUGCUGCUAAUGUCAAUGCUGCAGGAAAUCCUAAUUAAUAUUAGAAUAUUAAUUAUGAGACAGAUUAUACAAAAUGGCAUUUCAUUUUCUUUGGAUAUUCAAGAUCAUAAAGAUUAGCAUAAGCUAAAGUAGAAUUUAAAGACAGAAAUGCAGAAGUUCUUUUCAAAAAUACAUUCCAAUACUUACCAAAUAAAUUCUCAGUUUAUGCAGCUAAAGAUAAAGUAUAUGCAUCAUAUAGUGGUAAUAUUGCACAUUUGAGAUUUAAUGGAGGUGAUGGUGCUUUUGAUCCUAAAUCUUAUGCUGAUAAUAAAUAAGAUAUCUUCGGAUACAAUAUUGGCAAAGAUAAUGUAAAAGAAAAAGAACCAGAAGUAGAUCCAGUCAGAUAAUAAGAAGUAUUAGAUUCAGCAUGGAAUUAAGAUAAACCAGUUUAUUAGACUGAAUUCAAGAAAGAAGAAUUAGCUGGUAUCUAAGAAUAUGGUUAUGGAUUCUAUUACAGACAUUUGGAAUAAUAUCCAGUUUAAAUGAGAGAAGGUAGAUUAGAACCAUGGUACAUGAUGUCAAGAUUAUCAUGGAAUAAAGAUGAAGGAAAUAUUAGAAUGGGAGAUAGAUUAUUAGCUACUUGGUAAGAAUAAGCUGCUAUUCUAUUUGUUACAAAUAAUUUACCAGGAGAUGCAAAUAUGUUAGGAAGAAUUAAUGUUGCUGAACGAGAAGGAUUAUGGACAUUCUUAUAUUUCAGUUAUUCAUUGGAAGAUUAAUUGGCAGUUGGUAUUUUGAAAUUUGAUAAUAAUGAUGAAGUAUUCCAUAUUCCAAUGAAAUGUAAUCAUGGUAAAGUUGAUUAUUUGAAAUUCACUUUGGGAUCUGCACCUCCUCAUUUCUAUCCAAGAUUUAAUGGUUAAUUUGCUAACUAUGCUGUCAAAUUAGGACCAGGUGCAUUUGUCAAGAAUUAUGAUGCAAAGAAGAAAUAUUUAGUAAAUAGAAUUCCACAUCCACCUGCUGAUGAUAAUAAAUUCAAAUAAUUAAAAGUUGUUGAAGGUGAGAAAUAAUUCAAGGGAGAUAGUUAAGAGGAAGUUAUUGUAGAAGUACCCAAUGAUUUCAGUAAAUUCUCAACAGAAUACUCAAUUUCAGGAUGGCUUAGAUGGGAUAAUCCAGCUCUUNGGUUGGUUUAAAUGGACUCCAACUGUAUAAUAAGCAUGGCAUUUAAUGGUUAGAGUAUCAACUCUUCAAGAUUCUUAAGAUUUAACAUUCUUAGGAGAUAGAACUUUAAGUGCAUGGGUUGGAUAAGGAUAUUUGACAUUUGCUUGUUAUCAUGCUGCUAAUGUCAAUGCUGCAGGAAAUCCUAAUUAAUAUUAGAAUAUUAAUUAUGAGACAGAUUAUACAAAAUGGCAUUUCAUUUUCUUUGGAUAUUCUAGACCAUAAAGAUUAGCAUAAGCUAAAGUCGAAUUUAGAGACAGAAAUGCAGAAGUACUUUUCAAAAAUACAUUCCAAUAUUUACCAAAUAAAUUCUCAGUUUAUGCAGCUAAAGAUAAAGUAUAUGCAUCAUAUAGUGGUAAUAUUGCACAUUUGAGAUUUAAUGGAGGUGAUGGUGCUUUUGAUCCUAAAUCUUAUGCUGAUAAUAAAUAAGAUAUCUUCGGAUACAAUAUUGGCAAAGAUAAUGUAAAAGAAAAAGAACCAGAAGUAGAUCCAGUCAGAUAAUAAGAAGUAUUAGAUUCAGCAUGGAAUUAAGAUAAACCAGUUUAUUAGACUGAAUUCAGGAAAGAAGAAUUAGCUGGUAUCUAAGAAUAUGGUUAUGGAUUCUAUUACAGACAUUUGGAAUAAUAUCCAGUUUAAAUGAGAGAAGGUAGAUUAGAACCAUGGUACAUGAUGUCAAGAUUAUCAUGGAAUAAAGAUGAAGGAAAUAUUAGAAUGGGAGAUAGAUUAUUAGCUACUUGGUAAGAAUAAGCUGCUAUUCUAUUUGUUACAAAUAAUUUACCAGGAGAUGCAAAUAUGUUAGGAAGAAUUAAUGUUGCUGAACGAGAAGGAUUAUGGACAUUCUUAUAUUUCAGUUAUUCAUUGGAAGAUUAAUUGGCAGUUGGUAUUUUGAAAUUUGAUAAUAAUGAUGAAGUAUUCCAUAUUCCAAUGAAAUGUAAUCAUGGUAAAGUUGAUUAUUUGAAAUUCACUUUGGGAUCUGCACCUCCUCAUUUCUAUCCAAGAUUUAAUGGUUAAUUUGCUAACUAUGCUGUCAAAUUAGGACCAGGUGCAUUUGUCAAGAAUUAUGAUGCAAAGAAGAAAUAUUUAGUAAAUAGAAUUCCACAUCCACCUGCUGAUGAUAAUAAAUUCAAAUAAUUAAAAGUUGUUGAAGGUGAGAAAUAAUUCAAGGGAGAUAGUUAAGAGGAAGUUAUUGUAGAAGUACCCAAUGAUUUCAGUAAAUUCUCAACAGAAUACUCAAUUUCAGGAUGGCUUAGAUGGGAUAAUCCAGCUCUUGGUGCUGCAUGGUAUAAUGUAUUCAGAUUGAGUUUGUAUAAUGGUGAUUAAAAUACUGAAGGUAGAUUUGGUGAUAGAGACUUGGCAUUAUUCAAACAUAAUACCUAUUAUCAAUAUCAUACCUAUAACUAUAAUCCAGGAUAACCAUGGACAUUUGAACAUGUAAUUCCUCAUACUGAUUAACAUUUGGUAUGGCACUUCUUCUAUUCUGGAUAUUCAAGAGAUAAAGGAAUUCAAUACCAUUAUAUUUCAUUCUAAGAAUCUGAUGUAGAGAAGGUCUUUGAUAAAUAAAAGCAUCUUGUUGUAAAUAAACACUAUUUGUCAUUUGGUAAAGAUUAUAAGAAGUUCUUCCCAUCACAUAGAGGAUUCACUGGUACUGCUAGUAUGGUUAAUUUGAAUUAUGGAGAAGGUGCAUUUACUAUGAAACCAUUUACUAAAAAGAAUGACUUAUUCUAAUUUGCUGAUGGAGAAAAGAAAUAUAGAAAACCAUUUGAAUUAAUAGAAAUAUGGAGUGAAAAGAAUAAAUUAAUACCUUCAAUUUCUGAUAGUAAUGAAAUAGUUUAAAAUGUUGAAUUGACAGAUGCUAAAGAUAAUAUUAGAGGAUUAGAUGAAUAUGGUUGGGUUGCAUGGGUUAGAUCAUCAAGAACUGAACCAAAGAAUUUACCUUUCAGACCACAUACUCACUCUAUUGCUAGACUAUCUACUUAAAGAGUUAACAAAAAUACUCAAUAACCAGGAGAUAGAGUACUUGUAGCAUGGUAAUAUUUCCCAACUUAUUAUUUCGCUACUUACACUUAAGGAAAUAAUGAUGUUGCUUAACAAGCUCCAUUCAAGAUUGUUGAUGGUAAUUGGAGAUUAAUUGCUAUGUCUUAUAAGAAGGGAUAAGUUAAAGCAUAUGUUUACUAUGAUGAAAAAGAUGUUGCUGAAUUAACAUUUAAUGUUAAACAUGAAUUAGUUAAUGAUUAUUUGAGAUUAACAUGUGGUGGAGAGACUGAAGUAUUCAAAUAUAAUAAUUUCAAUGGUCAUUUAUUAAAUAUUGGAUUAAGAUUAGGUUAAGGAGCCCAUAUUGCUAAUAAAGAAGAUCUAUUAAGAUUUAUAUAAGGUCCAUGGAAAUUACCAGAUGAAGUUUAAAUUGAUUAAUCUAGAGUAAGUUUGAGCAUAUUGAAAGANCAUCCACCUGCUGAUGAUAAUAAAUUCAAAUAAUUAAAAGUUGUUGAAGGUGAGAAAUAAUUCAAGGGAGAUAGUUAAGAGGAAGUUAUUGUAGAAGUACCCAAUGAUUUCAGUAAAUUCUCAACAGAAUACUCAAUUUCAGGAUGGCUUAGAUGGGAUAAUCCAGCUCUUGGUGCUGCAUGGUAUAAUGUAUUCAGAUUGAGUUUGUAUAAUGGUGAUUAAAAUACUGAAGGUAGAUUUGGUGAUAGAGACUUGGCAUUAUUCAAACAUAAUACCUAUUAUCAAUAUCAUACCUAUAACUAUAAUCCAGGAUAACCAUGGACAUUUGAACAUGUAAUUCCUCAUACUGAUUAACAUUUGGUAUGGCACUUCUUCUAUUCUGGAUAUUCAAGAGAUAAAGGAAUUCAAUACCAUUAUAUUUCAUUCUAAGAAUCUGAUGUAGAGAAGGUCUUUGAUAAAUAAAAGCAUCUUGUUGUAAAUAAACACUAUUUGUCAUUUGGUAAAGAUUAUAAGAAGUUCUUCCCAUCACAUAGAGGAUUCACUGGUACUGCUAGUAUGGUUAAUUUGAAUUAUGGAGAAGGUGCAUUUACUAUGAAACCAUUUACUAAAAAGAAUGACUUAUUCUAAUUUGCUGAUGGAGAAAAGAAAUAUAGAAAACCAUUUGAAUUAAUAGAAAUAUGGAGUGAAAAGAAUAAAUUAAUACCUUCAAUUUCUGAUAGUAAUGAAAUAGUUUAAAAUGUUGAAUUGACAGAUGCUAAAGAUAAUAUUAGAGGAUUAGAUGAAUAUGGUUGGGUUGCAUGGGUUAGAUCAUCAAGAACUGAACCAAAGAAUUUACCUUUCAGACCACAUACUCACUCUAUUGCUAGACUAUCUACUUAAAGAGUUAACAAAAAUACUCAAUAACCAGGAGAUAGAGUACUUGUAGCAUGGUAAUAUUUCCCAACUUAUUAUUUCGCUACUUACACUUAAGGAAAUAAUGAUGUUGCUUAACAAGCUCCAUUCAAGAUUGUUGAUGGUAAUUGGAGAUUAAUUGCUAUGUCUUAUAAGAAGGGAUAAGUUAAAGCAUAUGUUUACUAUGAUGAAAAAGAUGUUGCUGAAUUAACAUUUAAUGUUAAACAUGAAUUAGUUAAUGAUUAUUUGAGAUUAACAUGUGGUGGAGAGACUGAAGUAUUCAAAUAUAAUAAUUUCAAUGGUCAUUUAUUAAAUAUUGGAUUAAGAUUAGGUUAAGGAGCCCAUAUUGCUAAUAAAGAAGAUCUAUUAAGAUUUAUAUAAGGUCCAUGGAAAUUACCAGAUGAAGUUUAAAUUGAUUAAUCUAGAGUAAGUUUGAGCAUAUUGAAAGAAAAGAAAGAAUUUAAGGCAGAUGGUGAACCAGUUUGGGUAACAGUCAAACCAGAAUCAGCAAGAGGAAAAGAUGAAUAUGCAAUUUCAGGAUGGGCUAGAUGGGUAGAUCCAGCAUAAAUUUAAGCAUGGCAUUUACUUUAUAGAGUAUAAAUUUUCGAUAAAGAUACUGAUGGAUUAAAGAAUGCUGAUAGACCAGGAGAUAGAACAUUAGCUUGUUGGAAAGGUAAUGGAUUUUUCUAUAUUGCUACUUACACUGUUGAUUAAGGUCAUGGUGGAGCAUGGAACAUUGAAAGAACAAAUCCAUAUGAUGAAGUUAUGCAUAAGAAUUGGGUUUAUUUCUAUUAAGGAUAUUCAAGAUAGAAAUAGAAUGUUCACAUUUAUAUUAAAUAUCCAUCAAGAGAUGUUCACUUUGAUGUACCUGUUAAUCACUUUGUUCCAACACAAUUUUAUGUUCAAUUUGGAAAAGAUUAAUGGCAUGGUGGAUGGAAUGGUUUCCUUGAAUCAUGGUAUUUCAAUACUGGUAAUGGAGCAUACAAGACUUCAGAUUAUGGCGUAGAUGAAUCAGAUUAAUUAUCAUUUGGAUUUGGAGGAAGAGUUAUUCCAAAGCCUAAAAAUUGGGAAUCUAAAGAAAUGUUCUAAAAUAAUUGGGGACCUACAGAUCAAUCAUUAGGAAAAGAUGUUGAAAUUACAGAUGAUUUCAUUAAUGGAUUGACUGAAUAUGGAUAUGGAAUGUGGACAAGAUUUAUUUGGAAUGGUGAAAAGAAAUUAGUAGACAAACCAGCUUGGAUGGCAUUAUCUAGAUUGACAUACAGAUAAAACUAUUAAGGAGAUGCUGCUUAAAUUGGAGAUAGAUUAUUAGCUAUUUGGGUAGGAGCAGGUUUCUAUCAUUUCACUACAUCUUUACCAGGAAAUGCUAAUUUAGUUAAUAAUGUAAAUUAUAAUAAUUUAUUGGAUGGAUAAUGGAAUUACAUUUACUAUGGAUAUAAGAAAUUUGAAAAAGGAGGAAGUAUAGUAGGACAUGUAUUCUUUGGAGGAGCAGCUGUUAGAACUACAACUUUCCCUGAAAUAGUUAAUCAUACUCCAUUGUCUGAUUAUUUGUACUUCUGUGUUGGUAGUUCAGGUGCUAAAUUAAAUAAGAAUUAUCAUUCAUUUAAUGGACAUAUCUCAAAUGUUGUAUUGAUGUUGGGAGAUGGUGCUUUCUAUAAGAACGCAGAUGAUCUUAGAAAAUAAUUACCAGAAAUGCCAAAAUUCCCAGAAUUAGAACCAAUCAAAGAAGUCAUAUUUGAAGAACCAAAAGAUAUGAAGAGAGAAGUAGCUUAAGUUGCUCCUGUUGAAUUUGCUGAUAAGUUUGCUGGCUAAUUUGAAUAUUCAGUAUCAAUUUGGUUCAAAUGGUCUACAAUUGCUAGAGCAACUUGGGAAAAUGUUUACACUCUUUCAUACAAUGAACCAAAUAUUAGAGGAAAUCAUGUGAGACCAGGAGACAGAGUGUUAUCAUUAUUCUAAUAUGCUGAUCAUAGACAAUUCUUCAGUACAUAUACUAAUCCAGAUGUUGAUGAUGCAUUCUAAUAAAUCUUUACAGAGUGUCCAACUCCAGCUCUUGAUUAAACUGCUUGGGUUUAUGCUUAUUAUGCUUAUAGUAAAAAAGCUUCCAGUGUUUAUAGUUUCUACAAGACUAGAACUACUGAAUGCGAAAAGAAAUUGCCAGCUUCUCAUAGAGUUCCAAGAUACUUAGGAUUAUAUGUUGGAAAAGAUGGAAUUCAUACUCCUUACAAUGGCAAAUACUAAUAAUUGUAUUUAAUGGCUGGAAAUGGUGCUUAUAGAGAUAAGGAUGUUUUGAGUUUUGAUCCAUAUAUUGCAGGUGCUUUAGGAGUAUAAGCUAAACCAUAUAAAUGGACAGAAAAGAAAGAUGAAUUUGAAUAACCAUUUGAUGGAACAUUGUAAUAAGAAUUUGACCCAGUAAUGGUAGAUGGACAUUCAGCAUAUGCAAUCGGAUUCUGGAGCAGAUAUUUAACAGCUAUUCCAAAGAGAGUCUUAGAUAAACCAGCAUGGGUAUCAGUAGCUAGAUUCACAGUUAAUAAAGAUUACUAAGAUCAAUCUAAGGUAGGAGAUAGAACACUUGCAUUAUGGUUAGGAAAAGGAUUCUAUGGAUUUAGAACAUAUAAUUUGGCUACUAAUACACCAACUAUUGCAUAAGAUAUUAAAUAUGAUGAUAAAUUGGAAGGAGAAUGGAAUUUCAUUUACUUCUGUUUCGCUAGUUCAAAAUAAUAGGCUCUUGGUUAUGUCAAAUUUAGUGGUUCAGGAGAUGUUAAGAGAGUUACCUUCCCAGAAAUCACACAUAAACCAAUUGAAGGUUAUGGUAAAGUAAUUAUAGGAAAGGAAUUCAGUUAUCCAGGAUUCAGUGGUAAAAUUGCAUAAUUACAAAUGCUCUUUGGUGGACAAGGUUAUGUCCCUGAUGUAGAAUCUUUAGAAGCUUUAAUUAAAACAACAUUCCCAUAACCAGAUCUCAAUAUUCCUGAUACUUAAGUUCUCAAAAUAUAAGAAGAUGAAGUUGAAAAGAAAGUUGGAGAUAAUCCAUAAGUAACUGAAUGGCCCAAUCAAUAUCAAGAAUCUCUUGAAUACUCUAUCUUUGGAUGGUUCAGAUAUGCUUCACCUAAAUUAUAGAAAGAUAAUAAUGUCUUUUUGAGAUUGACAAAUAAUGAACCAGCUUAUAGAAAAGAAGCAGCAAUAGUAGGAGAUAGAACACUCUUGAUUAUGUACUAACCAAAUGAAAUAGUCUUCUCAACAUAUACUCUUGGUACUAUUGAUGAUGGUUAAGUGGCUAAUAUUAGAAAACCAACUCCACUUGGAAACAACUUUGGAGUUUGGACUUAUGUUUGGUUCGGAUAUAGUUGGCCAAAGAAGGUUGCCUCAGGUAUAGUAAAAUUCCCAUCAGAUAAGGCUGUUGUUCCAUACGAUAAUGUAUUACAUAUGAUACCUAAAUAUUUGGCCUUGUUUGCAGGAUCAGAUGGUUUAUUAGGAGGAUGGGAUGGACCUAUGAGAAAAGUAGGAGCAAUCUUUGGAAAAGGAGCAUACAUUGAUCCAAAUAAAGGAAAUUAUGAAAAUAUGUUACCAAACUUAUUGGGAUUGUAAGCUAAGAAAUCUGAAUGGUAACCUGCCAAAGAAGAAAUUAUACUUGUUCCAAUUAAAGAUAAACCAGGAUAUGACUUAACAUUUAAAGAAGAAGUAGGUGGUGUUACUGAAUAUGGUUAUGGAUUAUGGACAAGAUGGUUAAUGACUACUCCAGAUAGAGUUGUUGAGAAAUCUCCAUUCCAUUAAUUAAUCAGAUUGACCAACACCGAGAAAUAUGAAGAUAAUGUUGCUCUUGGAAAUAGAGUAUUGGCAAUUUGGGCUGGUAAAGGAUAUUAUCAUUUCACUACUUAUGAUAAAAAGACAAAUAAGGCAUCUAUUUCAGCUAAUUCAAAUUAUGAUGACUACCUUGAAGGACAUUGGAAUUAUAUCUAUUAUUCAUUCACUGCUUAAGAUGCAGCUAGAGCUGUUGGUUUUGUUCACUUUGGAGAUUUACCAGGAUAAACAGUUGCAAGAAUUGAAUUAAUAGAUAUUGCUCAUAAUCCAUUAAAUGGUUAUGCUAGAGUAGUAGUUGCUAAUAAUGAAUUUGGAUAUCCAUCAUUUAAUGGUAUGAUUACUGGAUUAAGAAUCUUCUUUGGAUAAGGUUUUGUUGGUUCUAAAGAAUAAUUCUUGAAAGAUGUUUUAGCAGUCUAACCAAAACCAUAAUUGACAGUUCCUGCAAGAACUUCCAUAAAUGUUUUGAAAGAAGAAAAAGUAGUAAAUAAGGGAGAUGCUGGAAUUCCAAUUAAGACAUAAUAUGAUCAAUAUUAAGGAGUUCUUGAAUAUGCAGUUUCUGGUUGGGUAUAAACUAGAAAAGGAUAAGCUGAUGAAUUAUCAAGAAUGAUAUUCAGAUUGACUAUUAAUGAUCCAGCAAUUCAAAAAGAUAAAUCAUUGGCAGGUGAUAGAACACUUGCAUGUUUCUUAUAAAAAGAUGCAUUCACAUUCUCUACUUAUGAUUAUGGAGAUUUAGAUAGUAAUGAUGAUGAUUAAAAUGAUAUUUAAUGGCCAUCUAAGAUUGGACCCAAUGGAGGUGAAUGGAUCUUAUUAUACUUUGGUUAUAAUUCUAAGAUUAGAAAAGCAUUUGCUUAUACUCUAUUCGUAAAUAGAGAAUUAGGAAAUCAAUAUAAUGAUUUGAAACACUUUGUUCCUAAUAAAUUCUGGUUCUAUUUGGGAGGAGAUGGAUUCAAUCAAUAAUUUGAAGGUACAAUGUUCAAUUGGAAUCUCAACUUUGGUGAUGGUGCCUUCACUAAUAAACCAAGAUAAUUCAUAUCUUCAUGGCCUUAUGAACCAUAAUAAUAGGUAGCAGAUCAAGUCCUUUCAGUCUUACUUGGUAAUCAAGGUUUAAGCUCAAUCAAAUUGAACAGAUUAUCUGGACCAGCUUCAGGAUAAUUUGAUGUUAAAGGAGGACCUGCUUCUGGAUAAUUCACUGUUAGUGGUGGACCAGCAUCAGGAGUUGUUGAAAAAACAGCAGGAGCCAAAUCAGGAGUUGUUGAAUAAUCAUAAGGACCAAAAUCUGGUUAAACUGAAACUGGAUCUGGACCUAAAUCAGGUUAAACUGAUACAGCUGCAGGACCUAAAUCAGGAGCAUCAUAAUGAAU